AGAUUCCCAAAAGCCCCCCUUAAACCUAUUCAAUUUCAUAUUUGAGCCCUAACCCCCUUCCCUUCUCCUCUCUUUGAUCGAAUUUGUACGAUUAACGAAGAGCAGCCAUGGUUUGGUUUCAAUGCGAGGACUGUGGUGAUAACCUCAAGAAACCGAAGCUCGCCAAUCACUUCAGAGCUUGCUCCGCUAACAGGCUAUCAUGCAUCGAUUGCGGGCAAAUGUUCGGGCAACAGAGUGUUCAAGGUCACACGCAAUGCAUCACAGAAAUGGAGAAAUAUGGUCCAAAGGGUCAAACGAAACCUACACAAGGUACGCCUGGAAAACCUAAUAGUGCCUCAAAGCCAAAACCUGAAGUUGACAUAAAUGUCGGAUUAUCAGAACGUCCUCCAUGGUUUUGCAGUCUAUGUAACACGAGUGCUACUAGUAAACAAACGUUGCUUUCACAUGCUGAUGGGAAGAAACACAGAGCAAAAGCACGAGCUUUUCAUGCAUCAAAGCAACCACCCAAGGAAACAGAGGAACAGCCUACUCCUAAUAACGAAGAGGAGCCAAAGAAGGUGAAAUGUAAGAAAGAAGAUGGUGAGAAGAGAAUAAAGUGGAAGAAGAUAAUAACUUCAGUCUUGAAAUCUAAUCCUGAUGGCAAUAUGAAGAUGAGAAAACUAAGAACACAAGUUUUGAAGACACUUAAGGAAUCUGGAUCAACAGUAGAUGAGAAUGAACUAGUCGAGACACUUGAGCAUAAGAUUAAUUCAAGCUCCAAGUUUGCUGUUAAUGGGAAGUAUGUACAAUUGGCUACUAAAAGUUGAGAGAUUUUUGCAGAUUGAAUCCUUGGUGAAAUGCAAUUUAGUCGUCGAGGUUGAUAUGCCUUGUUGGGUAAUUGGGUCUUUUUGGUUUUGGGAUGAACUUUUGUAGAUGAAAAUUUUGUUAGAUGGCGUAUUUAUAAACAAAGGAAGAGUGUAAACCUAUUUCUGUUAUUGUUGAAUGAUUAUUUGAUCGAAUUUUCGUAUAGUGGUUGCUUUGCUCUUUCAAGAUUAAAAAAAAAAAAAGAAUUAUUUUGUGCC